GAUGUAAUACAACAAUUCAAUCAAUAUUUGAUGCUAAAAAUGAAGAAGUUGAAGUAAUGGUAAUUUCAGUUAUGCAAAGAUUGACUGAAACUGUAAAACAUGAUGGUAUUAAUAAAAAUGAUAUAUUACAAGACAAG